UGUGGAAACAUGUCAGCCUGGACUGUAUCAAGAAACAAAUCGGAUUUGUUCCUCGGUACCGCAUUCCAGAUAAUAAAUAACACGGGGAGUGAUUAGCGAGUAAUAGCGAAGACGACAAAACCAGACAGAGAAGGAUUUUCAAUGCUAAUUUUGCUGCAAGCAAAUAACAUAAGAUGACGAGAAGCUUGAACUUACACUCUAUGAGAGUUUCACAGCACUGAAGUUUGUUCUCAUAAUCUGUACGGUAACGCUGCCUGUCUUCUGCAUGUCAAUAUACAUGUCAGAUGUAAAGGCCGUUGUGUAUUCCAGCUGUGGGAAAUGAGAAGAUUGGCCACAUAUCUAACCACUUUCUGGAUUAUUUUGGAGCUUGGUGGAUGCCAAGCGAGGAAUAGUUUUGAGGGAAAACUAUGUCCAUGGCAGCAACAACUAGCAGCAGCAAAGGCAGCCAUUCGACGUUCUGACAUGUCUCCCGAGUAUCUUCGUGUUGUUCAUUUUGGACGCCCUAAAGGGAGAGGAAUAGUUGCAAAUACUUACAUUGCUCGAGGCGAAUACGUAACGUAUUACAAUGGAAUACGGGACAUCAUAGAACCAGAUAUAGACGACAACACCUACACAUUUCAAAUAAUCCAUCGCAGUACACGGUUCUGGGUUGAUGCGUCAGACGAAGAUGGUUCUUAUGGGAGACUUAUCAACGAUGAAUGGAGAAUCCCAAAUAUAAGGUCAAGGACGAUCUUUGUGGACGGGGAACCUCACGUUAGUUUCUUUGCAUUGAGAUCAAUAAUUGCCGGUGAAGAAAUCCAUUAUGAUUAUGGGGGCAGUGAGAAUUUUCUUCCAUGGAGAAAACAGGAUGUGAUUUAACAAAACGAUCAAGUGACAUCCUGGUUUAACCUUCUCCGAAAAAUAUCCAGGCCAACUUACAGCUUGGAUGGACCCGUCUCACGUUGAUAUCUGCCCAUCGUGAAUUCAUGUUAAAACUAGCCUUGACAACAAAACAUACAAUGUGCAUCAUAACAAAAAGCAUACAAUCCAUAGAGAGUUCAAUUGUAUUUAAGAUGUCAUAUCCAAAAUUUCAAAUUCCGGAUCCACCCGGCAAUGGUUCUUCAAUGUGAAGAUGACAUGACUGGUCCUCUUCGGUCCAAACAGAGAUGUGCAGCAGCUCCAAAACGAAAACAAUUUACUUUUUCUUUUUUUAAACCACAACAAGCAUUACAAAUACAUUCACGAUUAAUUAGCGUUCGACAGCAUACACUGUAUAAUUAUGGGACUGUCUUUGUUAAGAUACCAUUUGAAUCAAAGACCACAGGUAUCUAGACCCUAUUGUGAACGAACGGUACAUGGUUGAAUAAAAGCAUUUUGAAUGGAA